AUGAAAACGAUCGUGUGCUUAUUCGCAUUGAUCGCAGUUAUUGCUGCGAGUACUGUUCCGUUGCCAGGUGCUCCUCGUACGGUCAUUCGAAAGGUGAGAGCUGCUGAAAAUUCACAGGAAAAUGCACCAACGCAGAUAGCGGAGGCCAAUGCAGAGGAUAUGGAUGGAGCGGAAACAUUCGGAUUCGGAUAUCAUAAACAUAUUCACGUUGUACCGUCGUACGGAGGCUUCUACGGAGGAGGAUAUCCUUAUUAUGGUGGAUAUGGCUACGGAGGAUAUGGCAGUUAUGGCGGAUACCCGUAUGCCCACGGCUAUCCUUACUACUAUUAA